CUGCGCGGCCCGGCCCCGGCGGUGAAUGAUCGCGCCCGGCAGCCCCCGCGCCGCGCCCGGCCCGCCGCCACCGCCAUGGCGUUCACGUUCGCAGCCUUCUGCUACAUGCUGGCGCUGCUGCUCACCGCCGCGCUCAUCUUCUUCGCCAUUUGGCACAUUAUAGCGUUUGAUGAGUUGAAGACAGAUUACAAGAAUCCCAUCGACCAAUGCAACACGCUCAAUCCCCUUGUACUUCCAGAGUACCUCAUCCAUGCAUUCUUCUGUGUUAUGUUUCUCUGUGCAGCAGAGUGGCUUACACUGGGUCUCAAUAUGCCUUUGUUGGCUUAUCAUAUUUGGAGGUACAUGAGUAGACCUGUGAUGAGCGGCCCUGGUCUGUAUGAUCCUACAACCAUCAUGAAUGCAGACAUUUUAGCCUAUUGCCAGAAGGAAGGAUGGUGCAAAUUAGCAUUCUACCUUCUAUCAUUUUUUUACUACUUAUAUGGCAUGAUUUACGUUCUGGUGAGCUCUUAAGAAGACAUUCGGCAAGCUUUGUUCCAUUUAAGUGCAUGCAAAAGCCACAAACCAUGGAUUAUUUACAGCGACCACGUCGUACCAAGAUUAAAUACGGAACCCGAUGAUCGCAUUUGCUUUACAAAACGAUGACUCCCCUAUUUUUAAAACAUUUCCACAUUUUAUACUUGUGGAAAGACUGUUUUCUUAUAUUUUACCGGGACACUGAAAUUAUGGAAUUACAUUAGUAUAAAGAUGACUGGGUUUUGACUUUGCACUCCAUAAGGAACAGCCGUAGUCCUCGAUAGGUGUUUGUAACUGAGCAGCCAUAGCACAGCAGUUCCUUUGGGCUUCAGCCCUGCAUCCCUCUGACUGCCAUCAGCUGUACUGCCACGGGCUGGGGGACCGGCGUGCCGUGCUCUGCCUGUGGGUGAUGUCAGUCUGAAGAGAUGAAGGGACACAACUGCAGAAACAGCACUUCUGUUCUUUUUUCCCUUUCCUAUCUGGUAACCUUUCCCUGUCAGUGCAUGGUUCUGUAUUUUCACCAGCUGCUAGCCUUGCUGUAAUCACAGGCGUGUCGUCGUGAUAGGAAACAUUGCAUUGUCCACAAAGGAAUGAAUCUGAUGAUUUGUUUACAGUCCGUGCACAGACACCAUUAGCAAACUUAUUCACACAUGGAUAAAUGCACACUUAUCAAUUCCAACGGUGAAAAUACUCCUGAGCUUGAGAGUAAUACCACAGAGCUUCUCAAAGGAGAGAUUGUGAAACUGCCCUGCUGUUCCUUAGUGCAAUAAAUAAAGUCUCAAAUUCAGAACUGCUUA